AUGACUAUUACUACUUUAAUUAUUCUGAGAAUAAUACACGUUCCCGAUCUAAUUUAUUGGACGGCUGUCGCUGAUAAAUGUAUUGCUAAUUUUGAACGGUCUCUUCUAUUGAUUUACAGCCGGUUCAACACACUACCCCACUAUCUCGAAACAUUUGCUAUUACAAUUCUAAUCAUUCGCGUAGCACGAAGUCAAAGCAAAGGCACUGGAAAUGUUCCAAAUCAUGUUGAUUACAAAGAAGAAGUUCUAUCUCGCACCGACUAUUGGGUCCAAUGUUUGAUUUACAAUGGUUUGUACGCGCAGAUAACAGUCAACAACUUAAUUUAA